AUUAAAGUUUUCAACUUUUCAUAAUGGAUUUGUGUAGAACCUGUCUUAUAACUCCGGCCAAUAAGACUAUGUUGGACCUGGAAAGGGAUAUAAAUGUUGACAACAAAAACUACUUCGAAAUCAUGGCGUUUUGUUUAGAUAUUGAGGUAGCACAAGACUCAAAAAUUACAACGAAUCUAUGUAAUACCUGCUACAGAAAAAUAAUUUCGUUUUACGAGUUUAAGGCUCUAUCUUUAAAAAAUGAUGCCUACUUGAAAUCUUUGAACCCAGUCAUAUCGGAUGAGGAUCAUAAACUAUCAGUGUAUGUUAAUGAAAAUGGAAUAAAACAGGAGAAACCCUUGGAAACUGAUGACUAUAAUAAUUGUAUCGUUGAAGAGUACAGCGCAGAAAUAAAAAUAGAAAUAGAAGUGAAAAAUGAAGUCAAAUUUGGAAAUGAAGAUGUUAAGAAUGAAGAGCAAUUAGAAGACAUUGAAAUGGAAGCUCAGGAUGACACAUUGGAAGAUAUAGAGUCGGACACACAGCCAUGGAGUGUGGUUAAAAAAAUAAAAAAUGAAAAUACCAGCCAAAGUACAGUAAACAUAAGUAAAAAACCUGAAUCUAAACCAGAGUACCAAAUCUGCGGGGAAUGUGGCAAACUGGUCCGUGACCUCAAGCGGCACUCGGUCCUCCACAAGCCUAAAGAUGAGCGGAAGAUGUAUCCCUGCAAGGUGCCAGGCUGCCCUAAGCUCUUUUUCACCGUGAGGGGUCGGUCAUAUCACUACAAAAGUAUACAUUUAGGUUUAAAGGUUAAAUGUGAAAUCUGUAGUAAAGAGGUAACACACUUGAAAGCGCACAAAUUGCGCGCCCACAACCAAACCGCACUCCCGCACGGUUGCCCGACGUGUGGCCGCCGCUUCAUCUCGCGGUCGAUGCUCGCCGCGCACAUGAUCUCGCACACAGAGAUCCAUGCGUUUGAGUGCCAUGUCUGUCAGAAGAAAUUCCGCUCCAAGCAUUAUGUGUUGACGCAUAUACGGCAGGUCCAUGAGAAAGAGAGAAAUUACCAAUGUGAAUUUUGUUCAAAGGCUUUCUUCAGUAAAGCUCUCCUUAAUGAACAUUUAAGAAUCCACACAUAUGAGCGGCCAUACAAGUGCGAAGAUUGCGGCAGAGCGUUCACCGGGAGUUCCGCGUGGAAGAAACAUCGCUUGAUACACUCGGACGAGAAGAAGAUCCACUGCCAACUGUGCGACAAAAGCUUUAGGAAUACGGGGGACCUUAAAUCGCACAUGGUGUCCCACACAACGGAGAAACCCUACCCGUGCGAUCACUGCAGUAUGUCCUUUAAACGCUCCGACCACCGCAAACGUCACGAGUUCACCGCGCACCAGAAAAAACAAAACGUGUCAAAAGAUUGAACAUCUUAUCUCCAAGGAAGAAGGUUGAAACUCCUUCGAACCCCACAACCCAGUGAGCACUGAACACUAGAAAAGCGUGCAGCCGACUGACUGACCCUAUUACAACGCGUCAAGGCUCAAAUUCGGACAGCGGUUGUUAAUGUUGUUAUACAAAUAAGCAGAGUUGAAAUAAUUGUAUUCAUUUAUUAGUAACAUUAGUAAAAUAUUAAGUUAGGUAUAAUAGAACUACAUGUACAAUUUUAAUAUCCUUAAUACCACUUAAUUAAUUUGAAUUAUAUUUUCUACGCUCAAA